GAUGGUUGGUUAAAAUAAACCUGGUUAACGUAAUAGAUUUUGUUAUCUUCAACAUUUUGUCACAACUGUUGACAUCGACCAGCUAUCUGCAACAGUAAAUCAUCAUUAGUAAAUCAUAAAUUGUAAUUCAUUAACAUAACCAUCAUCAUCAUCAAAGUAAAUAUGUGAUAAAAUGGUAAUUAAUUGUAGAUAUAAUUAUAUUCGGCUGCUUCAACGCCUGUUUUUCACUGGUAAAAUUAGAUUCAUUCUAAUUCUAAUACUUAUAGGAUUUGUUUUAAUUUAUUUAGUAAAAGCUUUUCAAAAUGAAGACACAUCGAAUCAUUUCAAUCUUAAUAGUUUUGAAUUUGAAGAUUUAUCAUCUUCAUCGCCUGAAAACCAAAAUUAUGCAGUAUUAAUUGACGCUGGGUCGAGCGGCAGUCGUGUUCAUUUGUACACUUGGCCACCACAAUCAAGUGAUGGUCGACGAUUGUUAAGGAUAAAAAUGAUGAAAGACAAAUUAGGUAAAGAUUUGUACAAAAAGAUUACUCCAGGACUAUCAUCGUUUUCAGUUAAUCCUCAAGAUGCCUAUAAUUAUAUUUAUCCAUUACUGGAGUUUGCCAAUAAUAAUGUUCCGUCAUUUAAACAUAAGGAAACACCUUUGUACAUAUUUGCUACUGCCGGGAUGAGAUUAUUAUCUAAAGAAUCACAGGAUGCCAUUUUAACUAAUUUAAGAAAUCGUAUCAAGUCUAACAGUAGUUUCUCAUUCAAUCCUGCCAAUGUUCAAGUGAUUUCUGGUAAAGAAGAAGGAAUUUAUUCCUGGAUUUCUGUUAACUACUUGCUUGGACGAUUUGAUCACUCUAUGACCUCUGGAGUCGCCAAAUCUUUAGUGGCUAUUAAUCUUGGUAAUGGUAUAACUACUCGCCCAAGAACUGUUGGGAUGCUUGAAAUGGGUGGAGCAUCUGUUCAAAUAGCAUUUGAAAUCACGUCCAAAUAUGAAUUAGAGGAAAUUCGACGUCGAAGAGGUGUUAAAAGUCAAGAAGAAAUGAAGGAUGUUCUUGCUCAAUUUAAUCUUGGAUGUUAUUCACAUGAUAGUGAUCACAGUUACCUUUUAUAUGUUACAACUUACCUUGGAUUAGGUGCCAAUGUUGCUAAAGAUUCAUAUUUAAAUUAUAUAUUAGAUCAACAGCUCAAGUACAACAAAGAACCAAUCGUCAAUAAUUUUAAAAGUCUGAGCAAUACAACAAAUCAAAGUUAUAAUAAUCUUCCGUCGUCAAUCGGAGCAGAAGCUGUAAGAAUAAAUGAACCAACACCUCAACCUUUAAUCACUUUAAAAGAUCCGUGCUUGUGUAAAAAUUGUCCAUUAAAUCGAACAGUUACCAGUUUAAAUGGAUCGCAAUACAAUCUGAGUCUUAUAGGAACCGGUGUUUUUGAACACUGUGAGGCAAAUUUGCGCAACUUGAUUGCACCAAAGUAUGAAAUAAAUCCAGUUUGUCCGGUUAAAAACACAACAUGUCCUUUAAAACAGCUUUCAGAGACUAGAGUUUCUUUUGCUGAUUCAGAAUUUUUUGGUUUCUCCGAACUUUGGUAUUCGAUGGAAGACGUUCUAGGGGUUGGUGGCAAAUACAAUUAUUUUAAUUUCAAAAAAGCAGCAAUCGAUUAUUGUUCCACCGACUAUAUUCUUUUAAAAGAAAGAUUUUCCAAAAAUCUUUAUCCCAAUGCUGACUCAAAUCGUUUGUAUGACCAAUGUUUUAAAGCAGCAUGGAUAGCAACAUUACUCCAUGAUGGUUUUAAAAUGCCUAAAAGCUUUAAAAAUUAUCAAUCAGCUUUAUCAAUUAAUAAUAAUCAAGUUCAAUGGACUCUGGGUGCUCUUCUUUACCGUAUCGGAAUUAUGUCACCUUCUAAUGCAAAAGAGAUUCAAUCACAUCCUGCUGUUGUUCCUGAUUUAUCAACUUUCCACAAUUUAUUGUUCCUCUUUUGUAUGACUCUUGUCUUGGCUAUUAUUGUGAUCUACUUGAAACAUCUUAAUUACAUGAUAAAUACUUCUGGUAAACUGAGUGAAAUGUCAAUCAAAACCGAUCUUUUACGUAAGGUAAGACCUUCAGACACAAUUAUAUUGAUUGAUCGCAAUGAAUAGAUCAAUCAUGAUAAUUGACAAAAAAUAAAUGCAAAAAAUUAUCUAAAACGA